ACUUGUAUCUAUAUAAUGUAAUCCAUUUUUCAGUUUAUAAAUCGUGAUGUGCAAUAUAAAUGAUUGAUAUCACGUUAAAUUAUUAUGUAUCAGCUGUACUAUGAUAGAAAUUUCAACACAAAAUGUAAUAAUCAUAUGUUCUAUCUUAUAAAUUGUACUAUCUUAUAGACAUUUGGUUAAACAUUUUGUUGUCGAUAAAAUUAACAUUCGUAAAGAAACUUUGAAAAUGAAUGUUGAAGAAAACAGAUUAAGAACUUUUGCGGAUUGGCCAACAAAUGCCACGGUCGAUGCUGCUCGAAUAGCAAAAGCAGGAUUUUAUUAUAGUGGACGUGCUUUAGAAGUACAAUGUUUCCUAUGUGGAGUAAAAAUUUCUGAUUGGAAUUAUGGUGAUCAAGCAAUGGUACGUCAUCGAUUAGCUGAACCUACUUGUCCUUUUGUUCAAAAUCCUUCUAAUACCUGUAAUGUUCCCUUGUUACCUAUAUCUACCAAUAAUUCUGGAUUGCCAUCGUCAUCAGCUGACGUAUCGCAAGAAAAUAAUAUAAUUGAACUUCAAUCUAUAAAUUCUAAUCAGAGCAAUGAACCACAAAAACAAUAUAGGACUAUGUUGCAAAGAUUACAAACUUUUACCAAUUGGCCAAUUUCUUCUAUUGUAUCACCUGAAAAGCUUGCUAAAGCUGGGUUUUAUUAUCUUCAACACAAAGAUAUGGUGCAGUGUAUAUACUGUAGUGGUAUUGUACGAAAAUGGGAACUCGGCGAUGAUCCAGAUAAAGAACAUAGAAUACAUUUUCCCAAAUGUGAUUUUUAUAUGCAUCAAGAUGAAGAGGAUCAAUUAUAUUUAUCUAAUGUAAAGUUAAUGCCUGGAGCAACAUCAAACCUCACAGAAUUAGGGAUACAAACGCAUACAGCUCCUAAAAAACCAAAUCAUGCCACAUAUGAAGGAAGAUUGAGUACUUUCACUGGUUGGCCAGAGAAUCUGAAACAAACUCCUGAAAUGUUAUCUAGUGCAGGAUUUUAUUACAAUGGAUUUAGGGAUCAUGUUAGAUGUUUUCAUUGCGAUGGUGGUUUACGAAACUGGGAAGCAACAGAUGAUGCAUGGACUGAACAUGCAAGAUGGUUUCCUAAAUGUGAAUUUGUAAAUCUUGUGAGGGGUCAAGAAUUUAUCAAACAGUGCAUUAAUAGUAGACCACCUUUGGACCCAUCGAUUUUUGAAGGUGUGACAGAAGAUGAUGAUACAGACAUAACUGAAACCCCACCUGCUUCACUACCACCAGUUUUACCAGCUCCAUCAGAAAUUACAGAUGCAGCAUUGGAAAGAUUAUUAGAUAGUCCACCAGCAACAACAGCUCUAGAAAUUGGGUUACACGUUGGCAGAGUAAAAAGAGCUUUAAAAAGACGAAUGGAAGAAGUUGGAACACCAUACACAAAUCCUGACCAACUUAUAGAAGAUGUCCUUCGUGAUCAAAUUAUGGAAGAUGAUACUAGAUUACAAACUCCUGAUUCACCCUCUUCAGAAUUAACUACCUUAUUAAACCUUGUAUUAAGAGAACAAACAAAUAAUACUAUGGAACAAUGUACUGAUAUUGAAAGGGAUGAUACUUAUCAAGAAAAUAAAGAUAAAACUGACUUAUAUCCCUGUAACGGUGAAAAUUUCAAAUUAUCUGAUGAUAAUACACUUGAUAAAAAAGCAAAUGUUAAAUUGAAGGAAACAGCAUCUUUAGAAGAAGAAAAUAGAAGAUUAAAAGAAGCUCGUUUGUGUAAAAUUUGCAUGGAUCGGGAAGUAGCUAUUGUAUUUUUGCCAUGUGGACAUUUAGCAACUUGUGUUUAUUGUGCUCCUUCUCUUACAUACUGUCCAAUGUGUCGACAAGAAAUUCGAGCUACUGUUCGUACAUUUUUAUCCUAAACCAAAUUUCAAAGUAAAAGCUAUUACUUUACUUAUAUAAAUUCAGUACUUUAGUAUCUAAACAUGUAUAGUAUAUGUAAAAAUGUAUUUUUUGUACGUUUCUUUUAA